AUGGGUGUGAACGAGACUCAACUCUUUGGCCAAGAUGCCACAAGAGACGACACAACAACUGUUGAUAUCGAAAACAGACACGACUCUUCAGAUGAAUCCGCCUGGUCUGAUACAGAGUCUUGGGAUCCCCUCAAGCUCUCCCCUAUGAGAAAACUGCACAUUGUCAUUGCUGGCUUCACCUGCACCUUCAAUGGAAACUUUGGCUCAUCCAUGCCUUCUGGCGCUCUCGAUGUCAUCGCCGAGAAAUUCAAUGUCACAGAUCCCGUUUACCUCAUCCUCCUCAACUCUCUGUACAUGGUCGGAUACGUUCUCGGCCCUCUCCUCUUCGGCCCUCUGAGCGAGUACAUUGGCCGCAAACCUGUUUUGAUCGGUACAUACUUGGGUUACAUCCUGUUCAUGUUCCUUUCUUCUGCAUCGCCUAAUUAUGCAGCUCUAUUGGUCUUCAGGUUGCUCUGUGGUAUUUCUGCCGCGGCUCCCACGACUGUUCUUGGGGGGCUGUACGCAGAUAUCCUUGACAACCCUUCGACUCGAGGCAAUGCCAUGGCCCUUUACAUGACCGUUACCACAAUUGGCCCCUUGAUCGGCCCUAUUGUCUCUGGUUUCUCAUCCACGGUCUCCUGGCGCUGGCCCUUUUGGAUCGCCGGGAUGAUGGCAGUUGCAGGUCUCCCUAUAGUCGUCACCAUCCCCGAGACGUAUGCUCCUGUUCUUCACAACAAGAUGGUCAAGGCGCAUAUCAAGAGAAAGGAUAAGCAGAACAAGAAGAACAAGGUCGAGUCUACUGAUGAGGAGCCCUUGGAGCUGAAGCCUUUCAACGUUCGAAAGAUCUUCUUCCGACCCAUGAAGCUGCUCUUCACCGAGCCUAUCCUUGCAUCCACUUCGGCUUAUCUCACUUUGGCCUACUCUGUCUUUUAUCUCAUGUUCCAGGCUUAUCCUCGUGUGUUUCAAGGAUUUUACGAUCUGUCUCCUGGAAUGGCAGGACUCGCAUAUAUCCCUUUCUGUGUUGGCGUUUUACUUUCUCUUGGAGUUUUUGCUAUCUACACACGAUAUCAUGACCAGCAAACGGCAGCUGGUGCAGAGUGGACAAAGAACCACAUCUAUCGACGACUUCCUCUCGCUUGUAUCGCUUCCCCUUGCAUGGUCGUCUCCCUCUUCUGGCUCGGCUGGACCGUCUGGCCCUCUGUGUCCCCCAUCGUUCCUAGUCUAGGCGGCAUCUUCUUCGGCCUUGGCUUCCAGCUUCUGUUCAUGGGAAUGGCAAACUAUCUCACCGACGUAUACCGAAGUCACUCGGCCUCUGCUCUUGGUGCUGCUGCCAUGCUGCGAUCCAUCGGCGCUACUACUCUGCCGCUUGCUGCUGAUAGUAUGUACACCAACUUGGGUAUCCACUGGGCGCCUUCAGUUCUUGCCUUUAUUGCUCUGGUCAUGGGCGUCAUUCCCUUUAUCUUUAUCCGAUACGGUGAUCGUCUAGCACGCAGCAGCAAGACUGCGCGGGAGGCGUUCUCCAUUCAGGAAUGA